AUGUUGUGGCUCGUCCUCUUAGUCGUGACCCUCGGGUUUACCUUCAGAUGGUUCAAAAACCGACGUAUCCUACAAGUGGCCAGCCAAAUAAAAUGUGACAUCAAAGCUUACCCAUUAUUAGGACAUGCGUAUUUGUUCAUUGGAGGUGGCGAGAGUCGCAUGCGAACAUUCGAGAGACUGGGUCGGGAAGCUAUUAAAAAUGGCGGACUCACUAAUAUGUGGUUAGGAGACAAUUAUUUUACUGUUGUGGUUGAUCCAGUGGAUUUAGAAGUGAUCCUUAAGUCUUCAUUGGAAAAAGAUGAUGUCAUGCGGUUUGCGAGAAACCUUAUCGGCAACGGAACUAUAUUUGCACCAGUGUCCAUCUGGCGUCCCCGGCGCAAAGUCCUCGCUCCGACCUUCAGCCCGAAGAACUUGAACAACUUCGUGAAGAUAUUCUCCCGGCAGAGCAGCGUUUUGGCUAAACAGCUGCAGACAGAGGCAGGGAGAGGACCCUUCUCCUUGUGGAAGUAUCUCACCAGCUACACCAUGGAUUCUGUGUGUGAAACUGCCCUCGGAGUAAACGUAAACGCCCAAAAGACGGAAGACGAGCCGUUUCUCAAGGCGUUCGAGAAGUGCUCCAUACUGAUAGCUGAGCGCAUGGUACAACCCUGGCUUUAUGCUGACGCCGUGUACAAGCUCCUGCCGUACCACGAGGCGUUUGAGAAGUCUAAGACUGUUAUCUGUGAUUUUAUUGAUAAGAUAAUUAAGUCGAAGCGAAUUGCAAUUAAGGAAAACAAAGAUGAUGCGAAUAAAAAUUCCAAUGAUUCUAAGACAUUCUUAGAACUUUUAAUAGAGGGAUCUGGAGGUGAACGAGGGUACUCUGACCAGGAGCUGCAAGAGGAGACGUUGGUGCUGGCUGUGGCUGGUACUGACACGUCGGCCGUGGGGGCAUCCUUCACCGUGUCUAUGUUGGCACGGUAUCCUGCUGUACAGGAACAAGUUUAUAAAGAGUUGGUAGAAGUGUUCGGUGACUCUGACAGGCCGGUGACUGCAGAAGACUUGCUCCAACUGAAGUACCUCGACGCAGUCGUCAGGGAGACACUGCGUCUAUACCCACCAGUACCCGUCGUUGUCAGAAAAAUUGAGAAGGAUCUAGAACUUCCAUCAGGAAUCACGUUGGUGAAAGGUUGUGGAGUUCUGGUGCAUAUCUGGGGCACGCAGCGCAACCCUCGCUACUGGGGAGACGACGCAGAGCAGUUCCGACCUGAACGGUUCCUUGACACGCCACUCCAGCAUCCCGCUGCAUUCAUGGCUUUUAGUCAUGGACCAAGGAAUUGUUUGGGGUACCAAUACGCAAUGAUGUCAAUGAAGACAUCAGUAGCCACUAUUGUACGAAAGUACCGAGUGUCAAAUCCCAGUACGAUAAAGAACGGAUCUAGCACAGAACAGAAGCCUAUUAGGAUAACUUUUGACGUCAUGAUGAAGGAUGCAGACAGGUUUACUGUGCAACUGGAGAGUAGAGGAAAGAAAGAAGAGAAGAGGAGAUAG